AGUAGAGUCCAGGAGAUGGUCGUGGUAACUUGCCUGUGUGCCCAGUUUGAGGCCGUCCUGCAGCAUGGCUUGAAGAGGAGUCGAGGCUUAGCACUGACCGCGGCUGCCCUCAAACAGGCAGCGGGCUUCGCCAGCAAAACCGAAACAGAGCCGGUGUUCUGGUUCUACGUGAAGGAGGUCCUCAACAAGCACGAGUUGCAGCGCUUCUGCUCCCUGCACCACAUCACCUCCCACGUGGGCCGUGGCUGGGCCUGGCUGCACUGCGCCCUCAACGAACACUCGGUGGAGCGCUACCUGCACAUGCUCCUGGCCGAUCGCGGCAGGCUCAGCACUUUUUGUGAAGAUUGGUCUUUUGUGAUGGAUGAACAAAGGUCUAGCAUGCUUCCUACCAUGGCAGCUGGUUUGAACUCUAUACGCUUUGCAAAUAACAUUGACAACAAGGACUUAAAUGGUCAGAGUAAGUUUGCUCCUACUGUCUCAGACCUCCUAAAAGAGUCAACGCAGAAUGUGACCUCCUUGCUGAAGGAAUCCACGCAAGGAGGGAGCAACCUUUUUAGGGAGAUCAUGGCCUCCUCUGCAGUCUCUAGCCUCAUCAGACCUGAGCAGGAGACUGACCCUCUGCUUGUCGUGUCCAAGCAUGUCACUGCCGAUGCCAGAUAUAAAAAGGAGCGGAAUAAGAAAAAGAAGGUGACCAACAUCAUCUCAUUUGAUGACGAGGAAGAUGAGCAGAACUCUGGGAAGGUUUUCAAAAAGAUUCCUGGGGCAGGGGAGAGCUUGGAGGAAAACUCUGACCUCUCCUCGGUCAAUAUCAUGUCAGCCUUUGAAAGCCCCUUGGGGCCAAAUUCCAACGGAAGUCAGAGCAGCAACUCAUGGAAAAUUGAUUCUCUGUCUCUGAAUGUGGAGUUUGGGUACCAGAAGCUCGAUGUGAAAAGCAUCGAUGACGAGGACAUGGAUGAAAACGAGGACGAUGUGUAGGGCCACUCAGAGUCCCCUGAGAAGCCACUGGAUGGGCCCACCUGCCUCUCUGAGAUGCACACCUGGGCUCUGCUGCAGGUGCUCCAUGGCGACAUUGAUGUCCUCUUUCCGGUCAGCGCAGUGGGCUCCUAGGCCCUGCAGAUGCCCCCCUCGGAAGCCUGGAGAACGGACAGAGCCGGAGGACCACGUUCUCCCAGAGACAGACUCUCUGUAUAUGUUAGUAUUCAGAAACCAAGUUGCCUUCGGAAUUGAAUUGUUCUAUUCACAGUUCUGUAUUUUAUUCUCUCUUAAGGAUAAGGGGGGCACCUGCUGAGAUUAAAAGUCAAGGCUUUCCUUCCUGUUCGUGUUUGGGAUAGUCUUACAUCAGAUAAUGUACAAAGUUGCCAAGGAUCUCAGAGCUUGAGAAGCAGUGUUGGUCACACUUGACUUGCCUACCACUUUACUUUUUACACUUUUGGGCCAUAUCUGGGUAUCUCCUCUAUAAUUAUUUGCUUGAUUUUAAUAUGUGAUAAUAUUGAACAAUUUUAAUAUUGUGUACUAUGUAAGCUGCUUAGAUACCGUAUAUUUGUGAAGUGCUUAGUCUGGCAUACAGCAGCAAGCACUCUGUGGGUUGUUUCUUUUUUCAAAUAAAAGUUUCUGAAAGGGAAA